AUGUUCCUUGGACCACCCCUGACACGGCUACCUAGUCGCUUCAGCUGCGAGAAUUUUCUUGCGCUGUCAAACGAUCGCAGCGUGAGAGCGAAAAGGAGAGGAACAUCUACUUCCGCUGUGGCUCGUCGUGCAAAUCGUCCUCUGCAGCGGCGAGGCGUCAUUGCAAAACGAGUGGUCGACGGUGAAAGGUGCGUGCGUGCCGUCGCGAGCGAGACACGCGGAAAAGUGGUGCCGGUCCGUCGAAAAGCAGAACAACUAAAGUGGGCUCGAAGCCAAACCCGGAAGAUCAAACGCGGCAAGGCGGAGCCCGGCGCAAAAUUCCGCGACAAGAAACGUCUCCAUCGCUCGAAGGCACGCCACGCAAUCUCAAGAUCUGUCCCACACUCGUCAUUCAGCGCUUGGUCGGUCGCUGCUGAACGAAUAAAAGGUGCCAGUCUCGCCCGGAAUCUGGCCAACACCGAACACCCCCCGUCGAGUUCAAGCACGUCAAGAAGACCCAUCCGGAAGAGGAGCAAAGCGAAAAGACCCUCGCAGGAGGUAAGCGGGAACCUUGCGGAUUGGUUGAUUACGGGGAUUUUAACGCGACGAUGUUCUAGGGUCUUUUUUCGCACACGCUCAGCGCGCACAGGGCUCGACGGGCGUAACGAGGCGGUCCAGGAUCAACUACGCCACACACCUGGAGCUGCGCCGCGGAUCAGCAACCGUGCGGACGGAUCGCGGACAGCCGAUCGCCUUUGAGAACCCACGCGCUGGAGAAGUCCAUGCGUACGCACGCACGGGGACCAGCACGACACGCCCAAGAUUUGGGGAGAUUUGGCAUCGGGUUCGCGCAUGAACGCGGCCACGCCGCGCGACUCAAGCACACAAGAGAAACAUCAACACGCCAGCCAGGGAGAGACCACACACGCACCAGCGCGCUCGUGAUUCGUCCACGCAUCAGGCAGCACAGUCGCCGCGGCCGAUUCGCCACAGCUGCGCGCCAACAAGAAUCAGCGCGUGAAGCAACACAUCUACGUUCGCGCGUCGGCAUCCGGCGGCCUGUUGCUGCUCGCCGAUACGCCUGGGACUGCAGAGAGUGAACAAUUCGUGAGUGCUAGUUGUAAGUUUGGGGGUGCACCUACCAAGGACGCGAAGCGUCGAAGAACCCACGCGAAGCACAGGCAGGUUGAAAAUUGUGAGGCGCAAAGCGCAUGAGUCUGCUCGCGCGCGCCUGAGGGAACCGUGAGCGCACGAGGGGGCGCACGAGCGCAUGUUAGGCACCGCGAGCGUAUCGCAAUUUUAGAAUAAGCAAAUUUCACACACUGAUGUAAUGUUGGGAAGAAUAGAGUUGGGUUUUUGGAUGUAAUUUAGCUUUUGUUUCGCCUUUAUUUGGUACCGCAUUUGUUUUGAGCUUACGGAGUGUCGCCUCCCAGUUUAUACCGUAACAAACUUUAACCCCCGAGCGACAAGCCAGUUUUCAACCAAAUGAGCUCAAAUUUGGUAUGAGAGUCCCUAUGGGUACCCCCAACAAGAUUGUGAACUUCCGGUGGCCAAUGAAAGAGCCGCCCGACGCGGGGAACACCGAACUUACCGGUUUGCUGGUUGGAUGAAGAGUGACGAGCUGAGUUCAGCUGUCAACCGAUCAAGUGUCAAUGUCGACACAGAACCUUAUGUCGACUCAGUUCAAUAUAUUUCAGUGACGGGGACUUUCAUGCAAGUUGUACCCUGCACAUCCUCCCUCUACUCAAAAAAAAAAGGAAAUGCAAUCUACAAAACAACAGUUAUUUUAACCCAAUUUCCCUCCAAAUUCUCUCAAAGUGUAUUUACAAGUCGACAUAUUUCUUUAACACAAGCCGUUUUCUUAACACUGGGGGGCAUGCCUAGCGAGAAUCGUGUUUAAACUGUCAUUCCAAAGUAA